CUUUCCCACAUCACACUCCCAACGGUUGCUAACUGUUCAUAGUUCCCCAAUUGCUUUGAAAAGCUAUAGAUAUUUUCCGACCCUCUCUGUGUCUUUUUGUUUCUCUCUGUGUUUCAAUGGAGAUUCAUCACUGGUAAUGACUUUCUCGAGGCCUUGUGGUGUUCUCACGCUUCUUGCGAUUUCUUGGUUCAUUUUUAAUGCCGUCGCCGCCGGGAUAAAUAUUCCAUCGACUCUGGACGGCCCGUUCAAGCCCGUGACGGUGCCUUUCGAUUCUAGUCUUCGUGGCGGCACGUUGGAUUUGCCGGACUCUGAUCCCAGGGUUCAACGCCGCGUCAAAGGGUUCGAGCCAGAGCAGAUUUCCGUUUCCCUCUCUGCCCAUUAUGACUCCGUCUGGAUCUCCUGGAUCACAGGUGAAUCACAAAUUGGUUACGACAUAAAACCAUUAGACCCUAAAACUGUCUCGAGUAUUGUUCGCUAUGGAAAGUUAAGAUAUCCAUUGACACGUGAAGCCACAGGAUAUUCUCUUGUUUACAAUCAGCUUUAUCCUUUUGAAGGUCUCCAAAAUUACACCUCCGGAAUCAUCCAUCAUGCUCGUCUUACAGGGUUGAAACCGAGCACAUUAUACUACUAUCGAUGCGGAGACCCAUCUAUACCAGCCAUGAGUAAACUCCACUCCUUCAAGACUAUGCCAAUUUCUGGUCCUAGAUUUUAUCCGGACAGAAUAGCAGUUGUGGGAGAUCUUGGUCUUACGUAUAAUACAACUACCACCAUCAGUCACUUGAUUAGCAAUAAACCUGAUCUUGUUCUAUUGGUCGGUGAUGUUACUUAUGCAAAUCUAUACCUCACAAAUGGGACCGGCUCUGACUGUUAUUCUUGCUCAUUUCCACAAACUCCCAUUCAUGAAACUUAUCAGCCUCGUUGGGAUUACUGGGGAAGGUUCAUGCAGAAUUUGGUUUCUAAAGUUCCAAUAAUGGUGGUAGAAGGAAACCAUGAAAUAGAAGCACAAGCUGGAAACCAGACAUUUGCUGCUUAUAGCUCUCGAUUUGCAUUCCCAUCCGAUGAAAGUGGGUCUUCAUCAACAUUCUAUUACUCCUUUAAUGCAGGUGGAAUACAUUUCAUCAUGAUUGGGGCCUAUAUUGCAUACAAUAAAUCAGCGGAUCAAUUCAAGUGGCUAGAGAGAGACUUGGCAAAUGUUGAUAGAUCAAUAACUCCAUGGGUAGUAGCUGCUUGGCACCCACCUUGGUACAGUUCCUACAAAGCUCAUUAUAGGGAGGUAGAGUGCAUGAGGGUGGCGAUGGAAGAGUUACUUUACUCUUAUGGUGUUGACAUUGUCUUUAAUGGACAUGUUCAUGCUUAUGAGAGGUCAAAUCGAGUUUAUAACUACAGUUUAGAUCCAUGUGGUCCUGUUUAUAUCACAGUUGGAGAUGGGGGUAAUCGAGAAAAGAUGGCAAUCAAACAUGCUGAUGAUCCUGGCAACUGUCCGGAUCCAUUGACUACUCCAGAUCAAUACAUGGGUGGAUUUUGUGCUACAAAUUUUACAUCUGGCCCAGCAGCGGGUAAGUUCUGUUGGGACAGGCAACCCGAAUACAGUGCCUUAAGAGAAAGUAGCUUUGGCCAUGGUAUCCUAAAGGUGAAGAAUGAAACCUGGGCCUUGUGGACAUGGUACCGAAAUCAGGAUUCUUACAGUGAAGUUGGGGAUCGAAUCUACAUAGUAAGGCAACCUGAUUUGUGCCCUGUUGGUCAGCAGAUAAAUACACGUUGGUUCGCAGCCAGUUAAGUACAUUGCUUGAAAACUCACUCCGGCGAGAUGAGAACAGUGCAACUGGCUUCUGAUGUUGCAGCCCUAUGUAUAUAGAUUAUGAAAGAGUAAAGAAAAUUAUGGAUAUACAGAUGGAUAAAAAGUAUAGGACCGGGUGGCAUCUUGUCAUUGUUGAUAGGUUUCUUCCCCUUAUACAAGUGAAAGUUACACCCGAAAGAUGCUUAUUACUGGGCAUAUCUGUACUUAAAUAUAUGGUAGAACUGAAACAUAUUCCUGAUUACAAGUCAUCGUUGUCUACUUAUCUUCUAAUAAAACCAAUAUAUACGUGUGCUGUGUGCAAA